GUGUAGAAGGAGGAGGAAGUAGUAGAAGAAGAAGACGGAAAAGGUUCGUUUGUUGCUGAGGCCUGCACAUCUCAUCUUUUGCAUUCUUUCCCUUUUCUUAUCUAUCCCAACAAUAAAGUAAGAACACAGACGAACAUCGGAAGAUGCCUUUGCCUGUGCAAGUGUUUAACUUUCAGGGUUCUGUUGAGCCCAUGCAGAUUGAUGCAGAUCCUCAAGAUGACCCGCAGAAUGCUCAAGAUAUCAGCUACAUCGUAGAAAACCCAACACUGGACUUGGAACAAUAUGCUACUAGUUACAGUGGAUUAAUGCGGAUUGAGAGGCUUCAGUUCAUUGCUGAGCAUUGUCCUCAGCUUCGAGUGGAGGCACUGAAGAUGGCUCUCACAUUCGUCCAGCGAACCUUCAAUGUGGACACAUACGAAGAGAUCCACCGCAAGCUAACAGAAGCCACAAGGGAUGUUCAGGGCGUGCCUGACACUGUUCCUGAUGGAGGGGUUCUACCUCCACUGGACUCAGCCUGGGCAGAAUCCACUAGGAAAAAGGCUCUGCUCAAACUAGAGAAGCUGGAUACAGAUCUGAAGAACUAUAAAGGCAACUCGAUCAAAGAGAGCAUCAGAAGAGGCCAUGAUGAUUUGGGGGACCACUACCUGGACUGUGGUGACCUCAGCAAUGCUCUGAAGUGCUACUCCCGUGCCAGAGAUUACUGUACCAGCGCUAAGCAUGUUAUUAACAUGUGUCUGAAUGUCAUAAAGGUGAGUGUUUACCUCCAAAACUGGUCGCAUGUGCUGAGCUAUGUGAACAAGGCAGAAUCCACACCAGAAAUUGCAGAGCAAAGAGGGGAGCGAGACAGCCAGAAUCAAACAGUCCUAACCAAACUAAAGUGCUCAGCAGGACUUGCUGAAUUGGCCUCCAGAAAGUACAAACCAGCUGCUAAGUGCUUCCUGCAGGCUUCGUUUGACCACUGCGACUGUCCAGAGCUCUUGUCUCCCAGUAAUGUAGCUGUUUAUGGGGGAUUGUGCGCUUUGGCCAGUUUUGAUAGACAGGAGCUCCAACGUAAUGUGAUCUCUAGCAGCUCCUUCAAGCUAUUUCUUGAAUUAGAACCUCAGAUUCGUGAUAUCAUCUUCAAGUUCUACGAGUCCAAGUAUGCAUCCUGUCUCAAAUUACUGGAUGAAAUAAAGGAUAACCUGCUGUUGGACAUGUACUUGGCUCCUCACAUCAAAACCUUGUACAGUCAGAUCAGAAACAGAGCCCUAAUCCAGUAUUUCAGUCCCUAUGUAUCGGCUGACAUGACAAAGAUGGCACAGGCUUUCAACACCACAGUAGCAGCUCUGGAAGAUGAACUCACACAGUUGAUACUGGAGGGCCUCGUCAACGCACGUAUCGACUCCCAUAGCAAGAUUCUAUAUGCGAGGGACGUGGAUCAGAGGAGCACUACAUUUGAAAAAUCUCUCCACAUGGGAAAAGAGUUCCAGAGACGGGCAAAAGCCAUGAUCCUCCGUGCUGCGGUGCUUCGUAACCAGAUCCAUGUCAAGUCUCCACCCAGAGAAGGGAACCAGGGUGAGCUGACACCAGCCAACAGCCAGACCAGGAUGAGCACCAACAUGUGAAUAGUGUCUGGUUAUGUCCAACCAUCCCAGCUCUUCCCAAUUCAUUUACAAGUUGUGUUCUCCUAAUAUGGAAGCUAAAAAAUGAUGUGGCAUGGAAACUUAUUGUGAUCACUGUUGAAAUUAAAACUGAAGAUAUCAGCUGUAUAUUAUUACUGAAUGAAAUUCCUCUGGAAACGCUUGAUGUUUAACCACAUCAUCAGAAACAAUGUUUUAAAAUAAACCCUGUUCAAAGAAUGUGUGGCCUGUAUUGUCUGGAAUUUGCAGCCUCUAAUAAUUUGCAUUAUUUGAGCUGUUUGUGCUAUAAAGUGCUACA